AAAUAAUAGCGUUAAAGACGAAAAAAGAUAAUGCACGAAAUUUAAUUCAAUUUGUGAAAGCUUAGCGAAAACCGUGUUCGGCCAUAUUAAAACGCGGAUCGUGUGUGUUGUGUUUGUGUAUAAUAGUUGUCUGCCAGGUAUUCCCAGCCAAUUAAAAUAAAGGCCUAACUAAAAAGUGAAAAUAAAAUAACAUCUCAAUACGUAGCUAUUGGGCCCAAUAAAAAAUUUAUAUAUUUGGUCUGCUAUUCUUAUAAAUGAUGGCCUAAAAUGGCGGCUAAACCACCCAUGCCGCCAGAUAAUCACAAAUUAAAUGGCAACGUAACCACAAAUAAUAAUUAUAAUAAUAAUUCAAACAAUAACAACAAAGCUGAAGCGUUCAAUAAACAUAAAAAAGGGUAUAGUGAUCAACCGAUCGAUAAGAGCAGCAGCAACACAAACGACAAGAGUGAGUGCAGUAAUGCACUUGAAUCGGAAUUGGAGCUGGAGUCAGUGACAACAUCCAAGGCCGCAAAGCAGAACUGCAAUUGCACCAACAUAAGUAUUAUGCAUUUGUUUCAUGAGAUGAAGCAAGAAUUCCCCACAAUACCUGAUUCAAUAGUGACGCAAUGUGUGAUUGAGAAUUGCCAUCAUCGUGAGAAUUGCAUACAAAUGUUAAAGAAGGAAUUGGCUCUACAUCCGAUACCAGUGCAAACGUAUCCAUCUAAAGUGUUGCAACAACAGCAGCAAGAGCAGCAACAGCAACAACAAGUGGCAGCAACAGCGGCAGCUCAGCGUCAAUUGAAACCGCCAACGCCCUUAAAACCGUCACGUGCGGCACCUUUACAACCUCCUCCCCCCUCCUUAUCGUCAAAGCGACCGGCGAAUGUGCCAGGGGGUCUGUUGCCAAAUUCUGAUAGUGGAACAAAGCAGCAACAACAACAACAACAUCCACAGCAAACAACAAAAGAUGUUCGAAGUCAAGUGUUAUCGUCUAAUCACAAAAUUGAAUUACCGCGUGCAAAUUGUAAUCCGGGCACUGCAAACACCCAAGCAACAAGUAAUUUAAACGGUAUUUGUGGUAGUCUUAAUGCUAGUGGUGCAGUUGUUGCUGCCGCUGAUAUGCCCAGCGGUGGUGUGACGCCAACAGCGCGGGCUCGACCCACAACGCUCAACCUGAGCAUUGGACAGCAGCAGCGGCAAGUGAAUGCGCAAUUGCAGCAAAAGUUGCAACAGCGUCAGCAGCAGCAACAACAACAACAGCUACAACAACAUCGACCACUGCGCAAAGCGCCGCUGCCGCCCCUGCCACCCAAGCCACAUGGUCAUGGCAGCAUACUCGCAAAUACGCCGCAAAACAAUUGCUCGAACGAUUCCUCCUGCCUCACCAGCCCGAUGAGCUCCAGCGAAUCGGAAAUAUCGCUCAAUGUUUCCUUAUCGUCACCUACGUCGGCAGCAGCACUGGCAGCGAAAGCUGCGUCGACAGCGAAUGCGGCUUCGACAGUACAACAGCCAUCGCCUAUACGCCAUCGCUCAGUUAUCACGCUACAGCCGGAUCUGCCGUACGCGCGCGAUUUUCUUAGUACCGCUUUAUCGCCCACACUCUCUUCCUCGUCGUGUGCUUCGUCGCCCGUCACCGGCACACCGAGUGCUCGCAAAAGUUUCACCUCGCUAAAUCUCACACUACGCCAGCCGCACCCGACAACCGGUGCCGCUCAAUCCACCAUAGACAUUACGGCCGGUCCAGCUCCUAGCGGUACAGGCAGCGGAAUUACCUAUACGAGCAGUUCAUUUGAUGCGCGGCGCGGUACCCAAAAGAACUUUCAGCUGACCGUCACCGACGCGGGCAGUGUCUUUAGUGCGGGUUGCGUGCGUGCCCAGCCGCCGGCACAGCACGAGUUUUGUAACCUCAGCACAGAUGGACCAACGUCGCCGACGCCGCCAGACAUAGCAUCGCCGUGCAGCGCAGCCGGGCGUCCAUUGUGCCUCGCCCCCUACAACCACUUCGUCCAUCAACCAUACCAACAGCCAACGGUCCAACCAAUGCCGGAAAUUUUUCCAUAUCCUACACAGGCACAAAACCACAUUGUCGCCUCCAAUUACAAUAGCAAUCAUUUGCAUAACAACAACAGUGCUGAAAACAGUCCCAGUGUGCCGCACCGGCCGCUGUACACGGACGAUGAAGAACGUGAUUUGGAAGCACACAGGGCCACUAUAGAGCGUCAGAAAAAGCGACGCGAUAAGCUGGCAAAUGCUUUGCGUGAUAAUAAAAAGAGACUUUCCGAAUUGGAACAGGAAAUCAACAUACUUACUGAGCCGGUGCCUGUGGGCGCAUCUGAAAGACUGGAUAAAGAUAUCAAGAAAUUGAAGGAUGAUUGUCAGUACCUCCUAAAUUUAAUAAAUGAUACUAAUAUAAAUGGCUCUGGUGAAGCGACAAAUUCCAUGAAUCGUCAAAACUCAGCACCUCCAGCGAUAGGUGGCAUGCCACAACAAAAUCCGCCACAGCCAUUCCGGAGGCAACGUGCACCGCCAUAUCCCCCAUCCUUGAAUUCGCUCCCAACACCAGGGGCGUCGUCGGGAAAUCAGCAGCGGCAACCGUCCCAGUUCGACUUUGUGCAGAAUCACAGCAGUGCACCAGCAUCAGCGUGCAUUACGCCUCACCAGCAGCAACACGAGCAGCCUCCGCCCACCUACGAACAGUACUAUCAGUCACUACAGGAGCAGCGCGAGCAAGAAGCAGCACCUUCAGUUUAUACCCCCAACGAUGAUGAAGAAUAUUUGUCCGAAUCGGAUGUUGAUGAGGGCGAGGAACCACUCGACAUGUGGGCCUGCAACAUGUGUACAUUCCGCAAUCAUCCGCAACUGAACAUGUGCGAAGCCUGUGAAAACAUUAGAAUCAAGCCGGGUACGAUCCGAAUUGUGCCGAGUGCAAGCGGCAGCAGCGUCAAUAGCACCACAAGUGGUGCUCCUGGCCUUGAGAGCGAUGCUAACCUAACCCCACAAUUGCAGCAGCAAUAUGCUUUGCAUACGUGACGCGUUGAGUGUUCUUAAUAUUUUGUUAAUUGCAAUAAGCCUAAUUGCUUUGUAUUGUUUUUGCAUAUAUAUUUUGUGCAAUCGUAUGCAAUUUGUAUGAUCUGUUUAUGUUUAAAAUUUAACAAUGUAGAUUGCACUGUUAAUUAGGUGUGCAAGGUUGGCUAGCAUGCAUGGCUAAUAACAUUAUGAAUCGGCCAUACAUUGUUCAAGUUAAUGUUGCAGCUUAACCAAUAAUUAGAAUUUCCAUCCACUUGAUUCCACGACAUAAUGGGAAACGGCAAAUAAUUCCCUUAAAUAUAAUAUGCUGAGCGGGGAAAUUCAAAUUCAAUAUGUAGUAUAUACCCUGUUUUUUUUUUUGUGAUUUUGUGAUCCCCUGCUGUUGGAAAUUGACAUCGUCUUCAUGUCUAUCACAACUUCAGAAUUGCUUGCUUCGUUUUUUUUUUUUUGGCUCUAACCACCCACUAAAUCCAUUCCAGCUCAAGAAUGCGAGUUCAAUUUAUAUCUUUUAAGCAUAGCUUUAUUUUAUGAUUUAUAAUUGUUAGCAUGCAUGUUAGCAACUUUGGGACUGUGAUAGCAAAUAAAUUAGUUAUAAACUAAAAACAAAUAUAUUUAUGUAAUUUAAAAGCGCUGCUGAAAAUAUAAUAACAACGCAGCACUUCUGUUGCUCAAUUAUAAAAAGUAUUGAAAUACACUGAAACAAAAAAUAAAUCACACACAGCUACAUUUGUUGCUUGUCACAUUUACAAAACAUUUAGCUUAUUAAAUUAUUAACAACAUAAUGUAAGGUUAGUCAUGCCUCAUUUUGUGUUUUUAUAAAUACUUAGUUUGACUAACGCAAAAGCAACGUUUACCUUUUGAAUAAUAAAGUACCAAUUAAAACUUAAAAA